GUCUGCUUUGAGCGUCACAUCAGCACCAAGCGGGAAGGAGCGGGCUGGAGGUGCAGCAGUGGUCGACUUUUAUUGUGUUAUUUAGCAGGCUAAGCUAAAUAAGGAGCAACUGGAGACUGAACAUGCCGCGGGAAAUCAUAACGCUCCAGCUUGGACAGUGUGGAAAUCAAAUUGGGUUUGAGUUUUGGAAGCAGCUGUGUGCGGAGCAUGGCAUCAGUCCAGAGGGGAUUGUGGAGGAGUUUGCGACCGAGGGGACCGACAGAAAGGAUGUGUUCUUCUAUCAGGCUGACGAUGAGCACUACAUCCCCCGCGCAGUUCUCCUGGAUCUGGAGCCGAGGGUGAUCCACUCCAUCCUCAACUCUCCCUAUGCAAACCUCUACAACCCAGAGAACAUCUACCUCUCUGAGCACGGAGGAGGUGCUGGGAACAACUGGGCCAGUGGAUAUUCACAGGGCAAAAAAAUCCAAGAAGACAUCUUUGACAUCAUUGACCGGGAGGCAGAUGGCAGUGACAGUCUGGAGGGAUUCGUCCUGUGUCAUUCCAUUGCUGGGGGGACAGGCUCGGGGCUUGGCUCCUAUCUGCUGGAGAAACUCAAUGACAGGUACCCAAAGAAGCUGGUGCAGACUUACUCUGUUUUCCCGAACCAGGAUGAGAUGAGUGACGUGGUCGUUCAGCCGUACAACUCCCUGCUCACACUGAAGAGGCUCACCCAGAAUGCAGACUGCGUGGUGGUGUUGGAUAACACGGCUCUAAAUCGCAUCGCCACCGACAGGCUGCAUAUCCAGAACCCCUCCUUCUCCCAGAUCAAUCAGCUGGUUUCCACCAUCAUGUCUGCCAGCACAACCACGCUGCGCUACCCGGGCUACAUGAACAACGACCUUAUUGGCCUGAUUGCAUCCCUCAUCCCCACACCCCGCCUCCACUUCCUUAUGACUGGCUACACACCGCUAACUACUGACCAGUCGGUUGCUAGUGUGAGGAAGACCACGGUACUGGAUGUGAUGAGGAGGCUUCUGCAGCCCAAGAACGUGAUGGUGUCCACAGGACGAGAGAGGCAGCCCAGCCACUGCUACAUCGCCAUCCUCAACAUCAUCCAGGGAGAGGUCGACCCCACGCAGGUGCAUAAAAGCCUCCAAAGGAUCCGGGAGCGUAAACUUGCCAGCUUCAUUCCCUGGGGUCCCGCCAGCAUCCAGGUGGCUUUGUCCAGGAAGUCCCCGUACCUGCCUUCGGCCCACCGAGUCAGCGGCCUGAUGAUGGCCAACCACACCAGUAUCUCCUCUCUGUUUGAGCGGACGUGCCGGCAGUACGACAAACUGCGUAAGCGGGAAGCCUUCCUGGAGCAGUUCCGCAAAGAGGACAUAUUCAAGGAAAACUUUGACGAGCUGGACAACUCUCGCGAAGUGGUCCAGCAGCUGAUCGAUGAGUACAGUGCGGCCACGCGGCCUGACUACAUAUCCUGGGGCACGCAAGAACAGUGAACGGACUUUGGUGUCUUGUAUCUCACCUACAACUGAGUCAGCAUACAUGCUUAGCUAGUUUACUUGCUAGUAUGCUUAACUCAAUUUCUUUACUCAGAAUAUUUUCUCCUACAUAUAGGUGUCCCAAAAAGACAGGUAAUUGGCUAUACCUGCUUCUCUGGGGGAAAAAAAAAUAUAUUUAUUGGAUUGUUACAUCAUUGCAUAGUAGACCAUGUUUCAAAUUUGAAAAGAGACUGGAUGAGUGGGAGCAGCCACUGUAAUUAACAUAAACCAAAAAGUAAAAUGGACUGAACUUUAUCACAUCCAUGAGAUUCUCAAACCCAGUUGAAAUAAAAAACAAUCCUUAUAACCAAUCCAGCAAAGUAAAAGUAAGAGAUCUUUUUUCAUGCAAGUCUGUGCAGAGACAUCAAUAUAUCUUGUACAAAACAAUCUAUAAAAGUCUGUUAAUAGUUUUUUGUUUAUUUUCCUUAACUCAGCUUUCCUGCCUUGUAGCCUAUUUUUUUCAGCAAUGUCAGACAACCUGUUGCCUUGUUUUUUUUAAAACUACUCCUUUUUUGUGCAGUAGAUCAACAGUAAAACGUCCACAGCCCAAGACAUGAUUGCCUUGAAUAAUGGGAGUAAGAUUGACAGACUGUGAUGCAUGAUGGUUAAUACAGGCACCGCAGACAUUUCUGUCUCGCCGCUAUGUACUGUCUGUCUGUCUGCUGCUGAUACACACUGCUCAUUUGUUGCCGCUGUACACGACCAACAAGAAUGUCAAGUUGAAGUUGGGCUUGAGCCAAAAAUGAUGUUGACAUUUCAACAGCGGUUGUCAGGUAAAUAGAGAAAGUAACAGUUUGCACGGAUGAACAUGAUGUACAAGGAUGGAUUUCAUGUUAACACUUCAUUUCUAUGCCUGUAAAUAUCCUUUAAAGAGUAGCUGGUUCACUGGCAUUCUCUGUAUUAACUUAAUGUACCGUUUCAUGUUGCUCUGCUCGUUGGACCUGUUUUGAAAUGAUAAAU